AUGCCAGCAGCCGAAGCAGCCAUUGCCUGGGCCCGCCCCUGGGUGUGGUCCCCACCGCACUCUCACACUCGCCUCAAGGGCUACUUUUACUCCCGGGUGGGGCUUGCUUUUCAGGCUGGCAGUGAUGGUGGCGCCAAGAUUGGGAACUGCCCCUUCUCCCAGAGACUGUUCAUGGUGCUCUGGCUCAAGGGAGUCACCUUCAACGUCACCACCGUUGACACCAAGAGGCGAACUGAGACAGUACAGAAGCUGUGCCCAGGAGGGCAGCUCCCCUUUCUGCUGUAUGGCACUGAAGUGCACACAGACACCAACAAGAUUGAGGAGUUUCUGGAGGCAGUGCUGUGUCCUCCCAGGUACCCCAAGCUGGCAGCUCUGAACCCUGAGUCAAACACAGCUGGCCUGGACAUAUUUGCCAAGUUUUCAUCAUUUGAUGCUCUUGCCAAUGCCCUCUCUUGUGCAGACCUGGAGAAGGGGCUCCUGAAAGCCCUGAAAGUUUUAGACAAUUACCUGGCAUCCCCCCUCCCAGAGGAAGUGGACGAGACCAGUGCUGAGGACGAGGGCAUCUCUCAGAGGAAGUUUCUGGAUGGAAAUGAGCUCACUCUGGCGGACUGUAACCUGCUGCCAAAGCUCCACAUAGUGCAGGUGGUGUGUAAGAAGUACCGCGGCUUCUCCAUCCCCGAGGCGUUCCGCGGAGUGCAUCGGUACCUGCGCAAUGCCUAUGCGCGCGAGGAGUUCGCCUCCACCUGCCCCGACGAUGAGGAGAUCGAGCUGGCCUAUGAGCAAGUGGCCAAGGCCCUCAAAUAAGCUCCCUCGGGGCGCCCUCGCCCCCUCCCCUCCAUUUCCCCCCACAAGGCCCCGGGUGGUUUCCCUUGGCUACCCAAGGGACACACUCCAAAAUGCCCAGUGGGCAGUGAAUUCUGGAGACUUGUGCAGGACUGCCUGGGGGGUGGAGGGAAGGAUGGGGGAUCGUGGGGGGUGGGGGUUGGGACUGAUUGGUAGGACAAUGUAUUUCAGUAAUAAAAUACAGAAUGAAAA